GUUAACUAAAACCAAAUAAAAAUAAAGUACAAAAACCUAGUCAUAACAUUCCUAACCAAAUAAGUAUCAAAUAUGAGUCAUGUACAAAAGUGAAACCAUGCAAGUCGACAAAAGUGGGAGAAACGUGAAAAUGAGGCGGGACUGCCUCAAACUGAGACUGAGCGAUCCUAGUCCGGGAUCGAUCAGCUCGUCGUUUCACGCUUCGGACUCGGACGAUGAGAGUUCGGAGCGUUCGAGAAAAGACCACAGAGAGCUGCCUGCAGCAGUUACCUCCAAACAGGACACGCGGACACACGUCGUCGUCGAGUUGUACGACACAGAGAAGUCCUACGUGGAGGCCUUGGAGAUUCUAGUUAAGAAAUAUCUCCAACCACUCAAGAGCCCGGAGAAUGCCGCGCUCCUUGACGCGUUCCUGGUGGACGAGAUCUUCUACCAAGUGCCUAGCAUCCUCAACGUGCAUCAGGUCUUCCUGGAGCAGCUGCGGAGAAGACUCGAGACCUGGGACCUGCAGCAGAAGAUUGGGGAUGUGUUUCUUGAAGUGUUUACAAAACCCACUGUCAUGGACACCUACAUGUCCUUUAUCAACAACCUUAAGAAGGCGAAAGAGACGAUAAAGACUGCUGCAGCAUCACGGCCGGCGUUCGCCAAGUUCUUGGACGCGAUGGCGAGGGACCAUAAGGGGAAGUGGUCGCUGGACAACCUGCUGAUCAAGCCUGUGCAGAAGUUCCCGAGCUACAAGCUGCUGAUACAGAGGCUAAUCAAGCAUACAGAUCAGUCACACCCCGACCACAAACUGCUACUUGAGGCUCAAAAGGAAAUCCACGAACUGCUAGAACUGAUAAAUUGUACAGAACGAGAAAGUUUAGAGUUAGAACAGCAGCAACAAACGUUACGGGACCUAGAACAAAUGAUCGAGGGUCUAAACAACCUGGUGGCGGCUGAGCGGACGUUUCUCAGGCACGAGACGGUGUCCAUGCUGUCUGCGCAAGGGACCAUUAAAGAUAGAGCCCUGUUCCUUUUCAAUGAUACUCUGCUAAUAACGAGCGUGAAAAGACGGACAGGGACUAUGAAAAAACCCAUUCCAACAUACCAAAGUAAUAUAGCAAGUCAGAUGGAAGGUAAUAAGUAUAAACUUUUGAUGAGGAUACCAUUAGCUGAUCUCGAAAUUGUUAAAGCAAAGGACGAAAAUCUCCGAAGGGUAAUGCAGGAAGUCGAAACGCUAACAGAAGACGUAAAGACGCUGACGCAGAUAUCUGAACAAGUGGCCGCGUUGCAUAUGUCUCACUCGCACUUAGAGGAAAUAGUGAGAGACAUGCUACACACGAUGAACAGGCAGUUGUUGGAGCGCCAGAAUAGUGAUACGCAGCUGUGUUAUAUGGAGAUUAGUUUAAAUACUUCGACUGGACCAGAAAACCUUACUUUAAUAUUUCCAAAGACGGAGAAGAGAAGCAAUUGGGAGGAACUGAUAAACGAAACCAAACAAAAGUUAUGUGUAUAUGGUCAGGAGAGGACUGCGCCGGAGUUUCUGUCCCCCGUGCCGAUUAGGAAAACUCGAGCAGGGCUGCAGUUUACGUGCGCUGCGCCUACGCUGCCGCCUAAAGGACAGGCACCCGAUGUUUGGGUAUGCAAUAGCGACGGCUACGUGGGGCAAGUGUGCGUCUUGACGCUGACUCCAAAACCGCAAGUGACGUCAUGCAAUGGCGUGUGUAACGCACGCAUCUUGUGUGUCGCGUGUAUACCGCCCGCGCCCGCGCUCACCAGGCAACAAACAGUCGAUAUACCAAGUUCGAGCUCCCUGAACAGCACGAGUUCAGUGAAGCCAGGCAUUAGCAUAUCCGACCCUGAUGACAGCUGCAAAAACAUACGAUUAGACAGUUCAUCAUCAAGCGAAGAUGACGACGACGGUUCAUCAACCAGCGAGAACCAAGACGCGCUAUCCGAGCGGAGUCAGGAGUCCGCCAGCCUCCGUCUGCACGGGAGCCUGACGGCGUCGCUCAACCACCGGUCCACGCUCACGCCCAACCACAGCAAGAGUCUGAGCACGCCGUACACGGGGCAGAAUAUGCCCGUGCACCCCGUGAUGAAGUCCAACUCGAACCCGGCGGUGGAUAAGCAGGCUAUGGGGAUUACGACAUUUUCAGGACGUUCCAUUCUGGGUACACUUUCGACGCCCGCCAGUCGGCAGUCUUCUGAAGACAGUGCCACGACUGCCAACCAGCCUACCAUGUGGCUUGGCACGGAGGACGGCUGCAUACAUGUCUACAACUGCUUAGAUAAUAUUCGGAUUAAGAAGAACAAAGUCAAGCUACAACACAAUUCGGGAGUGCAUUCUAUAGUGUACAUGGAGGGAAAGGUGUUCGUUGCCCUUGGCAACGGUGAUCUCGUGGUGUAUUGCAGAGAUAUAGACGGUUCUUGGACCGAGCGCUCCACAAUCCCCGUUGGCACUGGCAGCACGUCUGUGACCAGUAUGCUGCUCUCUGGCGGCAAGCUAUGGUGCGCGACGCACUCCUCCAUCAAGAUCAUCAACCCGCAGUCGUUGCAGGUGGACGAAACAUUCCAAAUAAGUUCCGAAACGAAGCCGAUCAGCCACAUGGCAGUGGCCGGCGGCUCGAUCUGGCUAUCACUGGAUAACGCCGCCCAGCUCCGGUGUUACAACGCCACCACGAGAGAGAUGCUCGCUGAGAUCAACAUCACGCCGCAAGUUACUAAAAUGCUGCAAGGUUGCGACGACAUCAUCCGGCAACACAAAGCGGCGUGUCUGCGAGUGACGGCGUUGCUGGCACACAGAGAUACAUUAUGGGUGGGCACGAGUGCAGGGGUGCUACUGACGGCGCCCCUUCACAACUCUCCCAACGCCCGCACUGGACAGUUCACUGUGCCUACGUUGACAGGUGUAACCUACGGUCAUACUGGCCAUGUGAGAUUCCUGACCAUCGUCGAGAAUCCAGCAGCUCAGAAGCAACCAGCGAAACCCGCACAGGCAAGCCUUAAGACGAAAGCCUUGACCAGGCGGUCAGCCAACGCGGAGAAACUACACAAACAGGCGGAGACUACACAGAGUAACAAGGAAACUUUAAUCAUUUCGGGGGGAGACGGUUACGAGGACUUCAGAAGUUCGAGCAUGACCGAAGAUGCGGGCAGGGAAGACUCCACCAAUCAUCUCCUGCUGUGGAGAGUCUGAACAAUUUCAAGGCCUACAGGGUUUACGAUUAUUUUCAAGGCCUCUUAAAAGAAGGCGUUGUACUUGGAUCCGUACGCCCACGAGAUGGCGUCAUGGAGAAUUCGGAAUUCACGUCUUCAAGUGUUUUCGAAUGUGAUCUAACUUAAUCUUGAAGACGCGUAAAAUGGAGCCUAAUGAUGUUAAUAAUGUUUUUGAAUGAAUGUUAUUAUUCCAGCUUAAAAUAAUUUAGAUUGAUGUACGCUAAUCUAAUGAAAUAAAAUAAUAAAUAAACGUUAAAAAUGUGUUGCGCUAAUAAGCGUGAGUAAAUGUAGUAUAAUGAGAUUAUUAACGUUUAGUUAAGGCAUUAAAUGUCACUAUCAUCCCGCGGCCAUAAAAUGUAUACAAAAUUUGAUUACCAAAUAUUCGAAAUCUUGAAUGGUAAUUUAACAUUUUUAACAGUAUUAUUGUAAAAAUCUGAAUUGUUAUGUUCGUGCAUCGUUUUAAAAUGAUGACCUAAGUACCUUAUUAUAGACAUUUUAUAAUAGUUAUUAAAAUGGUCUUUUAGAGUUAUUUACAUGGUAAUAGCCAUAUCAGACGAGUGUUAUAAUUGUCCCUUAAAUGCGGCCAUAUUGAACCAAGAAAUAAAUAAUUAUCUAUAGUAAAUGUGAGUGUUCAGUAGCAACUGAAAUAUUGCAUCGUUAUAGCCGGCCAUUUUGAGACGUUACAUGUUUUCAUGAAGAGUAAGCAAAAGAAAUUCUAAAACAGUUAAGACUACUAAUUUAUAUUGUUUUGAAGCGAUUGCUCAAAAUCUUGGGACUUUACCGGAAUCUACAUUGAGAGCAGAUUUAAAUAAAAUAGGAUGUUUGGAUGUAUCACAUAUUAUUAUAUUGCAGUAAUAAAAAAAUACACUAAA